UGUUACAGACCACAUGCUGUCUGACUCUCUUCCUGGAGAAGAGGAGCCAGCUGUCAUGGCCCUCUGGGUGCUGUUUUCACUGGUGGCAUUUACUCAAGGUAACCUUUCUGCUUCAGAUAACAUAAGCACAACCAGUUUGUUGGAUGCAUCAACAGCUAGCACUAUAACAGCUGGUACAGUCUCAGACACAACCCAGAGCAUAGCAGAUGUCACCUCAAAAGCAGCCAGCUCAUCUAUACCUCAACCCACUGAGGCUACCAGCAACACCCCAAAAACAAAUGACUCCAACACCAGUUUGAUCACCAUGAUUUCUCCUACCAGCUCCAAAGAGCCCCUCACUAGCCAAAUGGCUGAGUUCGUCAACAGCAGCACUCAGGCAGGUCAGCCUAGCCCUGAGUUGCAGUCUUCACUAAAACCAGGCCUGGUGGUUGUGAUCUGCAUCUUCGUCUCCAUCCUGUUAAUUGGCGCAGUUGUGGUCUUAAUAAAAUGCUGCCAUCCGAAGAAACCAGCCUUCAAGAAGUUGGAUGAAGUGCCAAUGGGAAAAGUUGCAGAAGAUUCUCCAUUUGCCCGAUACCCACCCAAAUAACCAAGCACACCCUUUCCAACUCCUCUUGUGGAUUCUUGCUCCAUGGAUACUUUAAGCAGGCACCAAGAAUGUCUGCUCCCCAUUGUGAUUUAGUGUGUGAAAUAAACUUGUUCUUGUUGUA